GCAUCCUGCCCAGCAAUGGAUCCAGGCACCACAGGAAUAGUAGGGGGCGUGUCGGAGGCCAAACCCGCCACACCAGAAAUCCAGGAGGUUGCUGACAAGGUCAAACGACAGCUUGAAGAGAAAACCAAUGAGAAAUAUGAAAAAUUCAAGGUCGUCGAGUAUAAAUCUCAAGUCGUCGCUGGACAAAUAUUGUUCAUGAAGGUGGAUGUAGGGAAUGGUCGUUUCCUUCACAUGAAAGUCCUCAGAGGCCUUUCUGGAGACGAUGAUUUGAAACUUCUUGAUUACCAGACUAACAAAACCAAGAAUGAUGAGCUGACUGACUUCUAAGCAGCAAAUUCUAAAGUGACCUGAUUCCUCUCACUGUAAAGAAAUGCAGCCAUCAAUAAAGAAACAUUCUUCAAAU